CAGAGUUUGAGCAAGCAGAGCCAGCUGGGUGAAUUGCUGAGGACUUGGCCUAAAUCUCCCCGUGUUUGCUGUGGCAAUUGUGUGGAAUUUGGCCUCCUGCCUCUCAGCAGCCAAGCAGCUCCACCUCUCUGGUUUCUCAGCUCGAGCACCCCCUGCGCCGCAAUCCAAGAUGAAAGAUGAAAUUGCUGCCACGGUUUUCUUCAUCACGAAGCUGGUGAAGAGGGAGGACAAGCUGAGCAAGCACGAAAUGGAGAAGUUUGCAGCGAAGCUGACCACGAUCCUGUUUGAGAAGUACAAAAAUCACUGGUACCUGGACAACCCCUCCCGAGGCCAAGCCUUCAGGUGCAUCAGGAUCAACCAGCACCAGGCGCGGGAUCCGCUGCUGGAGCGGGCGUGUGCGGAGAGCGACGUGGACUUCGACACGCUGGGGCUGCCCAAGGAGAUGACGCUGUGGGUGGAUCCCUUCGAGGUGUGCUGCAGGUACGGGGAGAGGAACCGGCCCUUCACCGUGGCGCACUUUGAUGGGGAGGACAACCCCGAGCUGCCGCAGCAGAUCAGCCUGGCCGUGGGCAGGGCGGCCCUGGACUAUCAAUCGGGCACCUCCUCGGACGAGGAGAGCUUCAGCAGGGAGCCCAAAGCCAUCCCCACCGUCAGCAACCCCAACAGCGUCUACCAGUUCGGUGACUUCUGCAAGGCUCCCCCCCAGGCCUGGUGGCAGUACCUGCACAGGAAGCCCCACGUGGCCGAGGGCUCCCACUUUGGCCAGCACAGGGGUUACAGGAGCUACAAGCCCACGGCCGCCUUCGCUGGCCCCCGCGUGGACAGGUACCACUGGAUCAACACCAAGAGGUAGAGCCGGGGCUCCCCGGGGCUGUUGGAGCCCUGAAUUUGUGAUGGGGUGAAGGCUGGCACUGCAAACCCUCAUAAAAACAGCACUUCCUGGCCAAUCCCUGUCUCUGACUCUGUAUUUAUGGAUAUUUUUUGGGGUGAGGGGUGUUUAUCCGAGAUUUUUUUAAUGUUUUUUAAUUGAUGUUAACAUAAGACUGAAGAUGGAAUGUGAGACCCUUCUUGUGAGUGAAAAAGGAAAUGCAUAAAUCAAUAAAUCUGCUGAUGUGUUUUUAUCGAAGCCAGCUGCUGGUGGUGCCUUGAGGGGUGUUCAGGAGCUUUGUGAUGGAAAAGAAGGAAAAAAAAAGAAGAUAAAAACACCCCCCAGGCUGCUUUGAGAGGCACUUUGCUCCUUCUGGCAAAGGUGUAAGGAGCCAAGACUGAAAUAUCACCAGCAGAAAUGUCCAGGGUGUUCAGUGACUCACCAAAAUAUUGAAAUUGUGCUGUGCCCCCAUG